UCACUUUGCCUCCUUAUUACCCAUCUCGGAUCCCUCACUCUCUCUUAUACACAAAAAAGAUUCAAAAGAGAAGAGCUCUGCCAUUUAUCUUCUCUAUUUCUCUUUUUUUAUCUGCUUGCUUUUUUCCACUAUGGCUCUGCUCACUUUUGUUUCCCCAGAGACCACCACAACGACGGAGCCCAAGAAGCCACCGACAUCAAAACGCAGGCGGAAACAAGAUAAACGGCAUCAUCAUCAUGAUGAUCAGCAAAAGAAGAAACCGGUGUCGUCGUGGGACCAAAUCAAGAACCUCCUGACCUGCAAGCAGAUCGAAGGGUCUCAGGUACACGACCCGUCGAAAAACGGCGUCGUUGGGUACUCGAAGCUGGGGUCCUCUUGUAGCUCCAUUUGCAGCUUCAGAGACGUCGUUCAUGGCAACACUAGGGUCGUUCACAGAGCCGACAACUCGCCCGAGAGUAGCUCACUGGGUCAGGAAGCCGGGUUACUGAGUCGGAAGGCCGUCAACGGGUCGUCGUCAUCAACUCGGUCCGCGAGAUCCAACUGUGGCGCUGCGUACACGUCGUCAUCUUCUAGAGGAAUGCAGUUUAGGAAACUCUCUGGGUGUUAUGAGUGUCACAUGAUCGUCGACCCUAGCAGGUAUCCAAUCACGCCGAGAAGUACCAUUUGUGCAUGCCCUCAGUGUGGAGAGGUGUUUCCAAAGAUUGAAAGUUUGGAGCUUCAUCAAGCAGUUCGCCAUGCUGUAUCGGAGCUGGGCCCUGAAGAUUCGGGCCGGAACAUCGUGGAGAUAAUAUUCAAAUCGAGCUGGCUGAAGAAGGACAACCCGAUCUUCAAGAUCGAACGGAUCUUAAAGGUUCACAACACUCAGCGGACGAUCCAACGGUUCGAAGACUGCCGCGACGCUGUGAAGGCGCGUGCGCUCGGCAGCACCCGAAAGAACCCCCGGUGCGCCGCCGACGGCAACGAGCUCCUCCGCUUCCACUGUACCACGCUGUCGUGCGCCCUCGGCGCUCGUGGCGCCUCCAGCCUCUGCGGCUCCGUCCCCGGCUGCGGCGUCUGCACUAUCAUCAGGCACGGAUUCCAAGGCAAAAACGGCGGCGCCGGAGAAGGUAAGGGCGUGUGGACCACCGCCAGCAGCGGCAGAGCCCACGACUCGCUUAAGUGUACCGACGGUCGGAGGGCGAUGCUGGUGUGCCGUGUGAUCGCGGGAAGGGUGAAGCGCGUGGCGGAUGACGCGGCGCCGGAGGAGGACAGCGUGUCUCUUGCCUCGUCCUACGAUUCCGUAGCCGGUUACGCUGGGAUCUACUCGAAUCUCGAGGAGCUCACCGUUUUUAAUCCGAGGGCUAUCCUUCCAUGUUUCGUUGUCAUCUACAAAGCUCUCGAGUCCCAAUAAACGCCGUUGUUUUGGAUCUCUUUCUUUUAUUACCACUUUCUUCACCGUCUUUCGUUUUGUCACUGGUUAGCUAAAACCUCGCUGACCUUUUUUGUUUAAUUUUUAUUUUUGUAUAUAUAUAACUGCUUCUGUA